GAGUGUGACGGGGCGUCUUCAGUUUAAUUGGUAUGGUUUUUUUUAAAGUAGGGGCAGGUUAAUCGUGGUACUGCCUGGUUAUCAUGUUCUGCGGUGGGUGGAUUUCUGCUGCCCUAAGUGAAUGCUACUUGGCGAGUUGAUCCCUCUGUGUUUCCACGAAAUUGCGAUGAACAGAUCCGAGAAGUGACUUAUUUGUAAACUCGGCCCGGCUCGGCUCUGCAACUCGUUCUCUCCUUGGCUGUGCGGAGCCAGAAGAAGCUGCUCGCUUGUCUCUCUCUCCCUCUCGGUGCGAGUGGAUAGGGUGCUAUUUGAUUUAUUCCUGGCUGGAAAGUUAAUUGCUCCGCCCCCGGGAUACCGUGUGACAUGUCAUUCCUCCUUUUGAUGUUUAUGUGUGUGUUAUGUGUGUGUGUUUGUCCGACAGUCUUUCGCCUUCUCUCCGCUUCUCUCUACAAAAAAAACAAUAAUAACAACUUCAACGGCCGAGUGCAGGAGCCGAGAUCAACUUUGAUCAGUCACAAAACCCACCUUUUCUUUUAAAUGAAUGUGUGUUGAUUCCUGUUCUGGUUCAAGAGGAGAAAUACAGUGGGGAUUUUUUUGUCUUUUUUUUCUUUUCCCCCAAUUUUUCUAUGUUCCAGCAACCAUGGCCGUUCCGGUUGCACUGAUCCCACCAGCUCCGGUGAAUCAGACUCCAAUCUCGACCCCUUCAUCCUCCUCAUCUUCCUCCUCUUCAUCCUCCCCUGCAAUCACUUCCUCGGCGGCCGGAGCUGCAGCGGGAGCAGGGCCAGGGACAGCGGGGACAGCACAGAGUUUAUUCCGGGCGGACGGCGGCACGAAACCGGUUUACUCCACGCCGUCUCCGGUCGAGAACACGCCGCAGAACAACGAGUGCAGGAUGGUGGAGCUGCGGGGGGCCAAGGUGGCCUCGUUCACCGUAGACGGACACGAGCUGAUCUGCCUGCCCCAGGCCUUCGACCUCUUCCUCAAGCACCUGGUCGGCGGGCUGCACACCGUCUACACCAAGUUGAAGAGGCUGGAUAUAACGCCCGUGGUCUGCAAUGUGGAGCAAGUGCGCAUCCUGCGGGGCCUGGGCGCCAUCCAGCCCGGGGUCAACCGCUGUAAACUCAUCUCCAGGAAGGAUUUCGAAAUCCUCUACAACGACUGCACCAACGCCAGAUGUCUCACAUUUACAGUGAGUGGACAGGAGGAGCCACUCAAAGUGCAUUCUUCUAAACUGAUGGGGAAAAGUCCUGUCUUGGGUUGCAGAAACUUUCUGUAUCCAGUUAAUUUCUACUCUAGUUCCAGGCCAGGAAGACCUCCGAAACGAUCUCAGAGUGUUACAUCCCCUGAGAACUCCCACAUCGUGCCACACACUGUCCCUGGUCUAAUGUCCCCAGGAAUGAUCCCACCUACAGGUCUUACGGCAGCGGCAGCAGCUGCAGCGGCAGCAGCUACCAAUGCUGCCAUAGCAGAGGCUAUGAAGGCGAAAAAGAUCAAAUUAGAAGCCAUGAACAGUUUCCAUGGUAACAGUAACCAGCAUGGCGCAGAGUCUGAAAAUGGCGACAUGAACUCCAGUAUUGGUAGCAGCGAUGGCUCCUGGGAUAAAGAUAAACUGCAGUCUCCCACUGGCCCAUCCUCACAGGGGUCUGUCAGUCAUCCUCCCCUCUCCAACCAGCACAACCUCGCAGCAAACCACUCCCUCAACUCCCUGCAGCAGAACCACUUAUUACCCAAUGGUCUGGAGCUCCCUUUCAUGAUGAUGCCUCAUCCGCUCAUUCCUGUCAGCUUACCUCCUGCCUCUGUUACCAUGGCUAUGAGCCAGAUGAACCACCUUACCACUAUUGCUAAUAUGGCAGCCGCAGCUCAAGUACAAAGUCCCCCUUCCAGGAUGGAAACCUCAGUUAUUAAGGAACGUGUACCUGACAGUCCCUCACCUGCCCCAUCCCUGGAAGAUGGCCGUCGGCCAGGGAGCCAUCCUUCUUCCCAUCGGAGCAGCAGUGUGUCAAGUUCACCUGCUCGGACUGAGAGCUCCUCUGACAGAAUCCCUGUCCAUCAGAAUGGAUUGUCAAUUAACCAGACUCUCCUGGGGUUGUCCCCAACCAUCCUACCUGGACCCAAGGAAGGAGAUGUUGCUUGUCAGGAUGGAGGGCAUGAAGUGAAAAGAAUGCACACUGAAAAAGAUGAAGUCCUGAUUUCCACUCCAACCACAAGGGAGUGUUUUGAGAAGCUUUCCCUGGCUGGCCAGCACCUACCACCAGGUUUUCCAACUCCUCUCCUCUUUCCUGAUGGACUUUCUUCCAUAGAAACUCUUCUGACGAACAUCCAGGGGCUACUGAAGGUUGCCAUAGAUAAUGCCAGAGCCCAGGAGAAGCAGGUGCAACAUGAAAAGACAGAGUUGAAGAUGGAGCUGUUCAGGGAGCGAGAGAUGAGAGAAAGCUUGGAGAAGCAGUUAGCUGUGGAACAGAAAAACAGAGCAAUAAUUCAGAAACGGCUAAAGAAAGAAAAGAAGGCAAAGAGGAAAUUGCAGGAAGCGCUUGAAUUUGAAACCAAGCGAAGAGAACAAGCAGAGCAGGCAUUAAAACAAGCUGCCUCUGCAGACAAUCUUCGGGUCCUGAACGAUUCGGUGACCCAAGAGAUGGAAGCUGACCGCAGCACUGGACGAACAGAUGCUGAAAGGACAAUACAAGAUGGAAGGAUGUAUCUGAAGUCAUCUGUCAUGUACUGAGAUAACGGCGCAGUAACGCACGCUACAUGGCAUGAAAAGACAAUUAGGAACACAAAAGAAACAAUGUAUAAAAAGACAAAAUACUGUCCUCUCUGAACAAGCGGGUUAACUGUACUUUCGAGACAGCUUUACCCAGUCUGCAUAACUAUGUUACUGUGUCACCCAUGAAAUGUUUGAUGUAUUAACGACGAGAGUCCUCUUGCACCAACUGACUUCGAUGGCAGAACUCGCUGAAGCAAACACUGUUGCUGAACCAGAAACGACUAAACUCAAAUGGUGACUACAUUCAGGAGGUCACGGCUGGCAGGCACACAUGAAUAAAUGGCGCAAGCACGAGCUUUGUGCUUUUUUCUUUUGGACUAAAUUAUGACCAGUGCUGACAGGUACAGUGUUAAGCACACUACGCAAAAAAUAAAAUACUCACCAGUAGUCAAAAAGAAGCAAACAAAUUUUUCUUUUAAAUAUUUGUUGUCCACCCCUUUCCCUCCAGCUCUCUCGUGUUCCUGUCAUUGUGUUUAAAUCCAGCAAGUAAGUUUUAAAGUGUUCAUUCUGGAAUUCAAUGGAAUUUAACUCAGAAUUUGGAGGUAAUUACAAAUCAAACAAUACUACAUCCAUAUUACGCAGAUGUGUGUUUGAGCCGGAGACAAAAAGACAUAUUAAGGCAAACCUCAGAAGAUAAACCUGGUAUUGAGAUUUUUCAGCAUUAGCAACUAAAAUUUAAAGAAAUACAUAAUAAAGAGAAGUGAAUGUAAGUUGUUUUUAAGUCAUGAAAAUACAUAAUUGUGCACUCCACCCAGACAAACCUGUGAAUGCUGUUUGCUUCUUCCAGCCAAGCUACUGGUCGUGUGUAUAUAUGACACAGGGAGGUAAUGUGUAUGCAGUAGAUUACUAGAGAAUAAAACUACACAGUACUUUUGAAAUUUAGAUGCUGAUAUGUUUUGUCACUAUUUGUUCCAGAAACUGCAAUUUUUUUUGUGAUGAAGCUCAUUAACAAAGCAUGCAGGCAUGUAAAUAUUUGUUCUCAAGUCACAGUAUUACUGAUCGGGAUCCUUGGCGUCUGAUGUGCGCCUCUGCAAAAUCAGCACGGUGGGUCAGAAGUUCCUUUCUGCCUGCCACUCAUGUGAGGAGAGCUUGUCUCUAACUCUCUGAUACAGAACUGAUGAUAUUAAUUAAGAUCUGUGGCAAUUGCAGCAAGUUGGAUCAAAAUGCCACAGAAAUGUUUCUCAUUUUAUUUUUUUUUGCGUCACCUUGAGACGUUACUCUUCAAAAAUAAAAUAGGAACUUUGCAACACUUGAUGUAACAGUUGAAAAAAAACCUAGCUGAGUGGUGAGUUGAAGUCUGUAUUCUCCCUGUGUAAUAGGGAAGGAUGGUUAUGUGUAAUUAUCACUGUCUUUGAUAAACUGUGUGUUCACCUUUGUGCAAAUACUUGGAAGUAAACUCCAACACAAUGCUAAUUUGCUAGUGUAGCUUUUUCUCUUCAUUUUGCCUUUGUUCACUGCCAUAGUAACCCUUAAAAAGACUCUCCUUGCAAAGAAAAACAAACUGCCACUGUUGACCGCAGUGCAAAGAGAACAAGUUAAACUGUACUUUAUUGUACCUUGUCAUUUUUCUUUGCCAUAGGUGAAUUUUGAACCAUCAAAUCUGACAAAUUUAUAGGUAUUGCAGGGCCCUGAAAAUGCUUUCAAGUUCGCAGCUUGUCAAAAAAUCUUUCCCUUGCUAAACAGUCUAUUUGACUGACUUUGUGAAAUCUGGUAGCACUAGUCAACUUUUGUUUUUAAGAAAGGGGCAAAAGAGUAACAAGAGAUGUGGUUUCAAGUUCAAAAUGACAAAGAGCUCAGAAAUGUAAAAUUACCAAAAAGAAGCAAUGAGCAAGUUUGAACUUCUGACUGGAUCUAUCAACUUGUUUUUGGUAUUUGGACAAAACAUCUGUGCCUGUUUUUUGAAAUGGCAGACCUGAAGUACCAAAAAUGCAUGGAUUUAGAAGAAAAAUAGUUUUUGAAUAUACAAAGCAACAAUAAAAAAACCCAUCAUGAGAUUUUAGUAUUUGGGUGGCAAUAAUGGUAUGACAGACAUUUGAAGGAAAAGUUAACAUGUAAACCUACCAUCUUGGAAUAAUCAAUGACACAACCUGGCAGGUGAAUUUUCCAUUGUCUUCCCAGUAUUUUACUUCCCAGGCAGAGCAUCUUAAGAAUUGAGAAAGGAAAAACUGAAAAUGGAAGAUUCUUGUUUUUUUUAGCAGUGAUGGUCUUGAAAGGGUUAACAACUGUGUUGAUGUGCAUUCUGGUAAGGAAAGCAAACAAAUUGUCCAUGUGAUCCUUUGUUUUUAAGACGAGAAAGAAAACAUUUAAAAAUUCUUACUGAACAUUUGUUGUUCCUCUGCUCCUUGCAUAGAGUCUUUAUUUUAAUGUAGAUCAACCUGGGACAAUUACAUGUUAGUACAUUCCCAUCCCCUUCACAGAUUUAGUGCAGUUGUGAUCAGUCAUAUUUCAAUGGUUAACAUGUGACUGUCAAGACAAAACCAUACUCUGCCAAUCUAAGUCAGACAUUCCCACAUUCCAGUUGGCACAAGACACAAGUGGCUGGCACUUUGAUGGUUCAUCAGGUUUCAACAUUUGGUUGAACUGUUUGAGAUGCCAAACGCUUUGGUUUUGGAAACAGAAGUGAAAAGGGUAAAAGGAAGCUUAUUUAGAAACCCAAAUAUUGGCAAGGGUUUCAAGAGAAAGAGAAUAUUUUAGAAUAUUAAUGCAGGAUUUCAAGGAAACAUGUCAUAAUAAGGUUGUGCUGUAGAUUUAUUUCUGAAUUACCCCAGUUUUACAGUUUAUUAGAAUCUGCUCAUUGACUCCCAGUACAAUUCAUUUUCUCAUUAUUGUUUAUACAUUUUUCACAUGAACAUUUUAAUGUUUAGCUACCCUGUAUUAUAACCAUAUUUGUGCUCUAUGCAAGCCCUUGGAACAGAACACACUCAUCUUCAACUAAGACAUACGAAAAUUGUCUAUUUUUAUCUAUAUAUUUAAAGUUUUCUAAAAAAAAAGGUUAUUACGAAUUUUGUUGUACAAAAUCUGUACAAAAAAAUCUGUUUUUACAUCAUAAUGCAAGAAAUCGAGAUUUUUCUAUGGUAGCUUAGUUAUUUGAGCCUGGUUUAAAUGUGAGAACCACGUUUACUGUAUUGUAUUUAAUUUCCUUUCUUUUCAACAAUCUGCUAAUAAAAUUGUCUGAAAUCUC